AUGGAGGACUUCAAGAAUGAAGUGAAGAACAAAAUCCAGAAUGCAUUGGCUGGUUUGCAGAGGAACCCUAAAUCUGAGGAUGAGUAUGAAGAAGUCGGUGAAGAGCUUGAAGCAGAAGAGCCAGAAGGACUAGAAGAUGGAAGAGAGCAAAGAUUCCUGAUAGCAAUGGAGACAUUACAUAAACAUCCUCACAGGGAAGAGGAAAUUUGUGACGUCAAUGCAGCUGGCAUUGAUAUUGAGAAAGAGCCACGAGAUGAAAAUGCAUGCAUGAAAGAAUAUAAGAAAGGAAAGAUGAUAUUCUCUCUGUGGGCUGUAAGCCCAAAAAGACAAGGAGGAUUGGGUUUUACUACGAGUCAAGUUGGUGUGGUCCUUGCCAUCUCUGGUUUGGCACUAUUUGUAUUUCAAAUUACAACUUUCCCACCAUUGGCUAAGCUCUUUGGACCCAUCCAUGUCACUCGUACAUCAGCUAUAAUAUCUAUACCAUUACUGACAGCAUACCCAUUUAUAGCCCUGCUAAGAGAUCGAGCAUUAUGGAUUAUCAUUAACUGUGCAUCAUCACUAAAAUAUAUUUUUUGUACAGCUGUUCAUUUCUUUUUUAAUCUGAAACAAUGUAGUUCUUCACUUUUACAGACAAGAGAUCAAAGAGCAGCAGCAAAUGGGCUUCAGAUGAGUGCAAUGUCCCUUUUUAAGACAAUAGGACCAGCAGCAGCAGGCAUUCUUUUCUGUUGUUGCUGGAAUUUGAUUGUUUUCAAGAUAGCUCUGUUGCUUUUUUCAUGGGGACAAAAGAGACAAAAUACAGAUUUCCUUCCAGGUGCACAUUUGAAGUUUCUAUUGUUUUACUGGAAGAAGCUUGUUACUGCAUAUUAA